AUGCCUGGCUCCCCGACACAAAAGACACCUUCCAACGACGAGAAGUCGAGCUCUGCGGGGGGACAAGCCACCACCGCAGCCUCGGCAGCCACUACAGCGCAAGAGCCUACUGUCGCUGCAGGAAGGGCCCAAGACGCGCAGAGACAGGCCACAUGCGAGGCCCAAGUCGGUGGCAAAUCUACCGAGCAAAAUGGCCGACAGCAUGACGACGCCCUGGGUACCGACCAGCAGACGAAUGACGACGGGCUGUCGCAAAUAGUCGGCCUAAGCCAGACGGAGGGUGCAGAGGAAGAAGACUCGGCGCGACGAGAGGCAGUCCAGGCGGAACGGAACUCUGAAGUACCUUGGGGAAUCCGUCAAUUUUGGGAGGACGACGACAAUGUGCCAGUUUGGGCACGACCGCCACAUGCAUCCCAAAGGGCGGCGCAUAAAUUUUACAAGGACAGAGCGGCGAGAGUCAUCCGUAACGUCAACGUCUAUUUCCCCCUCCCGCACCAAUGA